UGAAGAAGAAAGAGGAGGAGGAGUAGGACGAAGAGGUCGACCAGCUCUACACGAAUCAGGAUUUUCCUCAUUAUCUCCUCAGCAUCCUUCCAUUUACGGCAGCAGCAUGGCCGAGGGCUCAGUGAGUGCAGCGGAGCUGGAGACCGCCUUCCAGAAGUUUGCGGUCCACGGGGACACCAAGGCCACGGGGAAGGAGAUGAACGGCAAGAACUUUGCAAAGCUUUGCAAAGACUGCAACGUCACCGAUGGGAAGAGCGUCACCACCAUAGACGUGGACAUAGUUUUCAGCAAAGUCAAGGCAAAGUCAGCUCGUGUAAUCACAUUUGAGCAAUUCAACCAGGCCCUGACUGAACUGGCUGCCAAGCGUUUUAAAGGCAAAAACAAGGAGGAGGCGCAGCAACAGCUCUAUGGUCUCAUUGUUGGGAAGGAGCCGACCAAUGUCGGAGUCACUAAAGUGGCGAAGGCAGCAGCCGUGGACAGACUGACUGAUAGCACCAAGUACACUGGAUCGCACAAGGGGCGGUUUGAUGAUUCUGGCAAAGGAAAAGGGAAGGCCGGGCGCGAAGACAUCGCAGACACUAGUGGCUACGUGUCAGCGUACAAGGGAAGCGGCACUUACGAAGACAAAGUUAAAGACUAAUCAUUGUGUUGAAAGUUGAGGAAACUUGAACCAUGGGUAUUACAAUACAUAAUUGGCAAAUGUAUUUAAAAAUAUGAAAGAAAUCUACACAUUGAAUGUACCAUUCAUUGCACUCAACACAAAAAAAAAAAUCUAUUCGAGCUUCAAGGUUUUCGUAAGUGACAACCAGGAUGGGAAACCUGUAGAAAAUAUUUCCUAAAUUAAUAUUUAAAAGAAAUUUAUAUAUUAACCGGCGAGUGUUCUGAAAAUAUUAUCCGUUAUUAUACAGGGACCAAGAGAUUAAACUGCACUCUGCUUUAUACUGUAGCUUAACACUGUGCCUUUAAAUUGCCUCAUCUGCUUGCGUCAAUGCUCUGAAAUAAUGUGUUGCUAUUCUCAGCUAAAUUGAUGCAAUGGCUAAAAAUCGAGCAGGUUUCAAGAAAUGACGCUGUCUGUACUUCACCUGCUAAGCUUUAUGUGUCACUGCCUUUUGCUACAUGGUCAAUCAGAGCGCUUUGUUGUUGUAGUUACAGGAUUCAUUCAUACAAUUGAAAUAAAGUAUGUUAUGUGGACAAAGGUAAGCAGAAGUGAAGAAGACAGAUUUUGAUUCUACAAAAAAAAGAUUUAGAUAGGAUACUUUUUAGAUAAUUUUUAUUUCUUAUCUUUUCAGUAUUGAUCAAAUCCAACAUUUCUUUUAAAUGAAAAAAUGAAAGAUAAUUCCUUCGCUGCUUUAAUGAAAGGCUGAGACGAAUAUAUAUAAAAGCCUGAAUAAAUAUUUGA